AUGUCUCCUUCUACUGUUAUCGACCAGAGUGAGGCGCAUACCAACGGUGCCGAUGUCGCUGCCUUGAACGACAAAGCCGCUUCCAAAUGGGCAGAGAUUAAUAACACUGUUGAGUGUCCUCCAGUCAGUGACGAUUACAUGUACGACUUCAAGUUUAAUCACCAUCUUCCGACCACCGACGUUCUUGGAGUCCAGAUUCCGGAGGACUGUGAUGCACAGGCUGAAGCAGAGGGCAUCGUCGAGCGUCUAUCCGAGGUCUUAGGCGCAGGAGAUGCCGAGGCUUUUGCUAAUACCUUCCUCGAGUAUGGCGUAUGGCGUGACAAGCUUUCCUUCACAUGGGACCAAAGAACUUUCAACUUCCGCCCUGCAAUUGUGAAAGCUGCUCAAGAUCUUCUUCCAACAACCAAAGCCUUCAACUUUGCUUUCCUCAAGCCUGCCCCUGUGGUUGACAGACCUUACGACGACUUUGCCCAGUUACAAUUUGUUCUGUCGUUCGAGACAGAGCUCGUUAUUGCUUCGGCAGUCAUUAAAGCCGUCCUGACCAAGGAGGGGUGGAGAAUCUACACUCUGCACACCGUUGCCGAACAACUUAAGCAAUUCCCAGAGCGUCAUCCUUCUGAUGGUCACAUGACGGGAACAGUUAGCUGGGAGUCACAGCGCGCGAUGGAAGUCGAUGCUGCCGACCCUGAGGUUUUGAUUAUUGGUGGUGGACAAAACGGUCUAGCUCUUGGAGCCUGGUGUAAAGCCCUGGAACUCAACAGCCUUAUCAUCGAGCGCGGUGAGGAGAUUGGAGACGUGUGGAAGAAGAGAUAUGAAUACUUGUCUCUACACUUCCCCCACUGGGCGGACGAUCUGCCCUUCUUCCGUUAUCCCAAACAGUGGCCUACAUAUACACCAGCACAGAAACAAGGCCUUUACAUGGGUUGGUAUGCUUCUGCCAUGGAAUUGAACAUCUGGACUCGAUCAACUGUUAUCGAGGCCGAGCAAGAUGGUCAAGGCGGUUGGACUGUCACCAUCGACAAGGGGGGGAAAGAGACCAGAACACUUCACCCAAAACAGGUCAUCAUGGCUACCUCGCUCUGCGGUGUGCCGUACAUGCCCAGCAUUCCUGGAAUGGACGAGUUCAGGGGCGGCAAAAUCCGUCAUUCAUCUGCCCACGACAGCUCUCGCGACUUUGCUGGCAAGCGUGUUUGUGUAGUUGGCACAUCCUCAUCGGGCUUUGACACUGCCUUUGAUUGUUCUCGUCGCGAUAUUGACGUUACCCUUCUGCAACGAUCACCGACAUAUGUCAUGUCACUUACACAUUCUGUCCCCCGAAUUCUUGGGGGUUAUGCGCCCGACGAGAAGGGUCACCGUCGUGACCCCGAGGAGCACGAUCGCCUCUUCUUUUCCACCCCUGUUGGACCCGGCGAAGAGCUCUCACGACGCGCCGCCAAGGUUCUGGAGGACCUUGAUAAACCCCUACUCGAUGGGCUUAAUGCUCGUGGUCUGAGGACAUGGCGUGGGCAAAGGAACACGGGUAACAGCACUCUCGGCCAGACGAGGAAUGGAGGCUUCUACUUUGAUGCUGGCGCCUGUGAACAUAUUAUCAAUGGCAAGAUCAAGGUUGAGCCAGGAUAUAUUGAGCGCUUUACUGAGGAUAAGGUCAUCCUGAACGGCGGACGGGAGCGUGAGUUUGAUCUUGUCGUCUUUGCAACCGGAUUCUCUAACUUGAUCGACUCAAUUCGCGACACACUUGGUCCCAAAAUUGCAAAUCAGGUUGGACCUGUUUGGGGCAUUGAUGAAGAGGGCGAGUAUAGGAAUGCCUUUAGGGAGACUGGAGUGCCUAACCUUUGGAUUAUGGUUGGAUUUCUGCCCAUGACUCGGUUCCAAUCAAGGCUGCUUGCGCUUCGAUUAAAGGCACUAAGCGAAGGGAUCUCGCCUCCUCCCUAUAAAGCAUAG